AUGAAACGAAGAGCCUCAGGGCAAUCGCAGCCAGCAGCACCCAUCAGUGCGAUUGCAGCUCGAAGAGCCCGACAAGCUAACAGUACGGUCGAAAAACCAGCUGCCGGCACAAUAGAGCCCAAAUCGACAGGAAAAUCUUCUUCAAAACGGGCAAAGGCUUCCUCAUCGUCGAUACCCCAGAAGCAAACCGGAAUUUCACGAGAACCUACACACACUUCCCGGAAUGGGAUAGAGGUCGAGGCAGUAGACAUAGGCACUAGCCAGGACGAUGAUGAAUAUGCGGUAGAGGAUGACAAUAAAAGCCAGUCUCCGAGGGAGGAUGGCCGUGAAGAGAGCAAUUUGCCUGCAUUAAUUUCUGAGCCACAGGAGAAUUUCUUACUAUCCAAGGGACGCAUCACCCGUGACAGUGUUGUAUAUACUAGAGAAGAUGCUGUCUGUCUACGGCUAAAGCUAAAGACGACAUUAGCAAUCGUUGGCCAGUAUGAUAUCUGGGUAAAACGAGGGGUGGUGAGCGUGAUGGGAGCGAAGCUAUACCCAAGUCCUAUAGUACACAGGGUUUAUGCGCCCUCUACACACUCUUUGCCAGUUAUAAAAUCUGUAUCCGGGCCCGACGGAUAUGCUGAAGUCGAGCUCAUCUCCGUCCAAGAUGGCCUACCUCAGCUCAGUCGAAUAUCUAACUUGUACUAUCGGAUAUGGAAUGGCCAGAGAGAAUCAACUGUCCGGAGGAACCCUUUGGACCUCGAGAAAGCCUCAUUUUCCAUUUUAAAUUCAUCCUCUGACGAUCCUUAUAAACGGCAUCUUCGUCCUCUCCAUCUAGAUAAGAAAUGGAGCGUGAUGAUCAAACAGCUUUCUCGACGCGCCGAGUAUCUACGAGUGCUUACCUGCGGGCCUGGAGGAUCAGGCAAGUCGACGUUCAACAGAUACCUGCUGAACCAUCUGCUCAGUCCCUCACCCGACGAUGCCAGCAAAUUGGCGAACGAAGACGGCGUUGCCUUCCUUGACCUGGACCCCGGGCAACCAGAGUUCUCGCCGAUGGGCCACGUCUAUCUAGCCCAUCUACGCGCCCCAGUACUGGGGCCGCCCUUGUCGCAUCCCUCGCUCGGUUCAGGAGACGGCUCAAUCAUCCGAUCACAUCAUAUCGGCGGCAGCUCCCCCAAGGACGAUUCCGACCACUACGUCCAGUGUGCCAUGAACCUUCUAGACCAUUAUGGGAGGUUUCUUGAAAGUUAUCCCCAGUGUCCGCUUAUCAUCAACUACCCCGGAUGGAUAUUUGGGAAGGGCCUAGAAAUCCUAACCCGGUUCUUGGAAACGCUUGGACUCUCCGAUGUAGUGUAUACGAGCGAAACAGGGCCGGAGGAAGUGGCUUGGCCGCUCCAAUCUGUGGCGAAAGAAUUCGGCAUACCGUUCUCGACCCUGCCAUCCCAGCCAACAGAGUAUGCAUCUCGAUCCAGUGGCCAGCUAAGAACUAUGCAGAUGGUCUCUUAUUUUCACAUGCAAGAUGCUUGUUCGUCGUCUUCUAAACCAUACUGGUCUGCCACUCCUCUGUGCCAGACACGCACAAUCAAGGUGAACUACUCGGGCAGCAGCCAAGGCAUACUCGGUGUAAUGAUAGUGGGCUACCCUCACGAUAAGGAGCAUAUACUAAAUCUAUUGGAUGGAUCGAUAGUAGGAGUCGUGGCAAUCGAGCGUGCCGAUGCCAUCAAGUCUUCGUCUUCAUUCUCGACCGUGUCCGAUCGGGAUAGUAUAUCCGACGCGGCUGAGGGUGAAGGUAGCACAGUAGGCUCACCACCCAGCAGCACCGAUAAACAAACUCAUCCCUGCCUACACCGCACCGAGAGAGAGAACCUCCCUUAUCUCUUCAGCGGCAAUGGGACAUGCGCGCCUCUGGACCCCGAACUAUCCUACUCCCUGGGCCUAGCCCUUAUCCGAUCAGUCGACACGGCCUCCGAGACCAUCGAGCUUAUCUCGCCCAUCCGAUCUACGGCUGUGCGCGAUGCGUUGGAACGCGGACAUCAAAUCGUGCUUGUGCGAGGACGUCUCGACAAUCCAGACUGGGCAAUUGGCGAAGAAUACUUUGCCGCUCGAUGGGCGCACAGGCAAUUACCACAGUUACAGCAAAGGCUAAAGCAGCAGCAGAAGCCAGAGAGUCGCUCGACUCAAGAGAGGGAGCGUUAUAUUUAUCAAGGUAGAGUGAAGGAGCGGUUACGUCGGGCAGGAGAAGUGCCAUGGAUGCAUGCAUCGGGCGCCUCCAAGGCAGAAUCUACCGCUACCUCUCACACCACCAAGUCGAAUAAGAUGUGGAAGCUACGGAAGAUAGCAUAUUCUGCAGACUCCAGCAGCGGGAUAUGGGAUGUAUGUAAUAAUGUGUCAUAUGCUCCCGCUCACCGUCUGGUCGGACAGCCAACGGGAGCAGACCAUGUCAUCGAGGCUGAACGAUUGCCGGGACGGGACACAUGUAAGAGCAUACGUACAUAG